AUGGGGAAUGUUCCAAAACAAAGACACACCUUCUGCAAGAGCAAGAAAUGCAAAAAGCACACGAUACAUAAAGUUACUCAGAACAAAGCAGGAAAGCAUACUCAGGAUGUCCAAGGCUGUGACAAGGUGUUCUCCAGCCACACCCUGCAGGAGAAAAAGGGCGUGUUCCACUCCCCUGGGUACCCCAGCCACUACCCCCUCAACGUGAGCUGCAAGUACAAGUUUAUCGGCCGGUCCAACGAGAGGGUGUCUGUACAGUUUUCAAAGUUCGCGCUCCAAGGAAGGCCACCCACGUGA